UUUACUUCUUUUCAGAAUCGGGAAUAAACUGUGUGGGCUUACGUUGUGCUGCAGAAGGAGGCGCCACCGUUGAAGUAGACGAUACGAAUAAAAUGGCAGAUUCCUCUUCUUCGGGGGCAUCUAAAAAAAGAUUCACUAUACCUUCAGCUGAUGAAAUAGAACAGUUUGUGAAUGCAAAGCCAAAGGUACAAUCACACUUCAGGUCAAAGAAUGCAGCCUCUCAUGGUGGAUCUUCCUUACAACAUGGGGCCGCUACAACUAGCUCAGGUUCAGGUCUGUCAGAUCAUGAACCAAUCUCCAAGAAGAUGGACACCAAACAUGCACCAUCCACCGCAAGACUUUCGGUCACAGAACAGGAUGAGACGGGUAGAACGGUUCAAGAUAAGCCUGCAUCUGUAAUCGGUCAGGGAACAAUAUCCAGUGAAAGCGCAGAUGCAAUGAGGACUAGUCUAGAGCUGCGACGCCAAAGAGCCGAUGAGGCCCUGAGAGAAAGAUUGGAAGCAGGGGCACAAGCUCCCGCUCCUCAAAGACCAAGGUAUGCGGAAGCACCAAAGAGGAGAUUAGAUGAAAGAUCAAAUGCCACUUCCUCAAGUGCCACAUCUGCAGGAGACAGAAGCAAUGUGCAAUCCAACCCAUAUAGAAUACCACAAGCUUCUGAAAUUGCCAGAAGGGGGAAGAUCGGCUCUUCCUUCGCAAGCAAGUUCCACAUGCUGGGGACUGCAGAAGAGUAUAAGAUUCCACAGGCAGCAGUAAAGCAAUCAACCGAUUCUUCUUUACCUGGUACAUCAGCUGGUGCUUCAAGUAAAGUUCCAUCUGGAAACAGUGUAAUUGUUAAUCCCAGGCAGAGAGGUAAUCCAAUCCUGAAGCACAUUCGUAAUGUUCCUUGGGAGUUUGGUGAUAUAGUCCCAGACUAUGUCAUGGGAAGAACUACAUGUGCCUUCUAUCUCAGUUUACGUUAUCACAACCUCAACCCAAACUACAUCAGCGAACGCCUGACAGAACUAGGUCACAAGUUUGACCUCAGGGUCCUUCUAGUGCAAGUGGAUGUGAAAGACCCUCAUCAUUCAGUGAAGGAACUGGCCCGGCUAGCAAUACUUACUGACUGUACACUCAUGCUAGCUUGGAAUGCUGAGGAAGCAGGGAGGUACCUUGAGACAUACAAAGCUUACGAGAACAAACCAGCCGAUGCCCUGAAGGAGAAAGUGGAACAGAACCAUAUCUCUAAAAUGACAGAUUGUCUAACAACAGUGAAGUCGGUGAACAAGACAGAUGUUACUACUCUGCUAGCCAAUUGCAGGACAUUUGAGAAGAUUGUUGAAUCAAGCAAAGAAGAGUUGGCUUUACUACCAGGAUUUGGACCUCAAAAGGCACAGAGACUGAGUAGUAUCUUCACUGAGCCAUUCUUGCGGAGGAACAAGAGGAGAAAGGUUCAGAAUGAAGAAGAAGAAAAUGGUGAAGGCUAAGAAAGAAAAUCUUCUAGGUACCCCUGAGAUGAGCAGAUGCAUAUAUUGAUCUUCACUGAGCCAUUCUUACAGAGGAAAAUCAGAAAGAAACUCCUGAAUGGAGAAGAUGGAGAGUGCUAAGAAAGCAAAUCUUCUCAGUGUGUUCAUAAGAUGGAUAGGUGUAUAUACAGAGCCACUGGCAGAUCCAGGGGGGGGCACAGCCAGCCUGUGCCUCUCCCCCCCCC